AUGGGUCUCUCGCAUUUUCCGACAGCGUCAGAAGGAGUACUGCCACUUCUGGUGAUGAACACGGUUGUUUCAGUCACUCUGUUGAAGAACAUGCUGAGGUCUGUUUUUCAGAUUGUUGGAUUCGAUACUGAAGCCUCUAGGGAGAUAAGGGAAGACGAGGCUGGAGAGGAGGAUUUCAGAGAACUAUACGCUUAG